GCGAGAUGGAGACCAACGCAACCUUUGGAAAUGGCAUCCCCAACCAACAGUUCAACAUCUCCGACAUCAUCGUGAUCGUGGCGUACUUCGUGCUCAAUGUGGCCGUGGGAAUCUGGUCCUCGUGCCGGGUGAGCAGGAACACGCUGAGCGGGUACUUUUUGGCCGGUAGAAGCAUGGCUUGGUGGCCGAUCGGCGCCUCUCUCUUUGCCAGCAGCGAGGGUUCUGGAUUAUUUAUCGGGCUGGCGGGUACAGGAGCCGCCGGCGGCAUCGCAGUGGCCGGCUUUGAAUGGAACGCCACCUACAUCCUCCUGGCUCUCGCCUGGAUCUUCGUACCGGUUUACAUCUCAUCCGGGAUCGUCACCAUGCCGGAAUACCUGCAGAGGAGGUUCGGAGGAGAGCGGAUACAAAUAUACCUGUCUGCGCUGUCACUUUUACUUUCUGUCUUCACCAAGAUAUCCACGGAUCUGUAUUCUGGAGCCCUUUUUGUACAGGUUUGCCUGGGGUGGAACCUGUACCUGUCCACAGUUAUCAUGCUGGUGGUGACUGCCCUGUACACUAUCGCAGGCGGGUUGGCGGCUGUGAUUUACACGGACGCCCUGCAGACCGUUAUCAUGAUCAUAGGAGCCAUCAUCCUGACCAUCACAGCAUUUAAUAAGAUCGGAGGAUACCAGAACCUGGAGUUGGCAUACGCCAAAGCGAUACCAUCCCUGAUCGUCCCCAACACCACCUGCCACCUGCCUCGCUCGGACGCCAUGCACCUAUUCCGUGACCCCGUCUCCGGUGACCUUCCCUGGACCGGAAUGACCUUCGGCCUGACUAUCCUAGCCGCGUGGUACUGGUGCACGGACCAGGUAAUCGUACAGAGAUCGCUUUCCGCCAAGAACCUCUGCCACGCCAAAGCGGGAUCCAUCCUCGCCAGCUACCUGAAGAUGCUGCCGAUGAUCUUCAUCAUCAUGCCGGGGAUGAUCAGCCGCGCGCUCUAUCCGGACACGGUGGGCUGCGUGGUACCCGAGGUCUGCGUGGAGGUUUGUGGAACGGAGGUCGGAUGCUCCAAUAUCGCGUACCCCAAGCUGGUUAUAGAGCUUAUGCCAAGCGGUCUACGCGGGUUAAUGAUCGCAGUGAUGAUGGCGGCUUUGAUGUCCUCCCUGACUUCUAUAUUCAAUAGCAGCAGCACGCUCUUCACCAUGGACAUCUGGAGAAAGAUCCGGAAGAACGCGGACGAGAAGGAGCUUCUCCUGGUUGGAAGGAUAGUAACCGUGGUGCUUGUGGUCAUCAGCGUGGUCUGGAUCCCCAUCCUGCAAAACGCCAACAGCGGCCAGCUGUUCGUCUACAUCCAGUCGGUCACCAGUUACCUCGCGCCGCCGGUCACGGCCGUCUUUGCCCUGGCGAUCUUCUGGAAGCGAGCCAACGAGCAGGGGGCGUUCUGGGGUCUGAUGGUCGGCCUCGUCCUCGGGAUGACUCGGAUGAUCAUGGAGUUUGUGUAUCCUUUCCCUCGCUGCGGGAUCCCAGAUGAAAGACCUUCGGUGCUCAAAGACAUUCACUACUUGCAUUUCGCCAUCAUCCUGUGCGCGCUAACGGUGGGGGUUGUCGUCGGGAUCAGUCUCAUGACGGAGCCCCCCCUGCAGUCUCAGCUGAAGAAUCUCACGUGGUGGACCAUUCCCCGCGGGAGGGCGCCGGCGGAAAUCACCCUCAGGAAGGUCUCAAGCAGAAGCCGCGCCGCGCCAGAGGGCACCGACGGUCAAGUCAACUGUUCCCAUCGUAGCCGAAGUUGGAGCAGCAAGUUCUGCAGCCCCCCGAACGAAGCAGUGGACUCUCCCAAGCCUCACCAGCAAAGAAGCAUCCGGGAAGAUCCAUUCUGGGCGCGGGUGUGCUGCGUCAAUGCCAUUAUUCUGAUGUGCGUUAACAUAUUUUUCUACGCCUACUUUGCUUGAAAACCCAAAC